GCGUACAUUGCUAUGGACAACGAUGUAAUAAAUGAAGAACUGAACGAACCUUUAAUGCAUAAUACUGAAGGUGAUAAUAAUGUGAAGCUGUCUCUCAGAAGCGAAGCUGACAGCACUAUAAAUAGUAGUUUGAGGCUGUGUGAUCUCAAUGAACCUUUAAAACUUUCGAGUUAUGAGGAAGGCGAAGUUCAAAGUUUUGUUGAAGAUAAUGGCUCAACAAUGGAGCAUGAAGAGAUUAUGAGGCAUCAGCUCCAUUCAGAUAUCUUCUUGGGAAAUUGGGAUAAGGUGGAUUGCUUCCAAGGGCGGUCAUCAUCUACUAAUUUAUCUGGUGAGAUUAGAAGCAAUGCAAAUGGUUCACUUACAGGAUUAUGUAGUGAGGAAUUCUCAGUUAUAUCUCAAUCUGUAAACAACAAACCCGAGAUUUGUGACAAAUUUAUUUUUCCCAGGCAAAGUAGGAGCUAUAAAUCGAUCGGAGAAACGCCGAGUCAGGGUACUGAUAUCUCUGAAGGAACUUCAAAGCUGCCCAACUUGAACAGCUCUGAGUUCGCCGCUUCUCAAAUACCUGCUCUAUUUGCAAAUCUUUCUCGCUUGGUUAAUUCGAGCAUUUCCGUCCCAUCCAACUUCUAUUCGAUAAAUAUAAAUGGUGAAAAACACACUAGAACUUCGGGUCAGCUACUUCCAAGUUUUGAUUUUUAUGCAGCAAAUACUCUUAGUGUGAAGCAGUCGAUAGAGCCCUAUGGGCUCAGAAAAAACCCAGCUCAAUCUAACUCUGCAGAAAUUGAACAGUCUUCCUCUCAGCUUAAAGAUGAGUUACCAUUAUCUCUCAAUAUGGAUUUGGAUGGACUAUGUGAUACUGAAGCUGAGAAGGGCGUUACUGCUGCUGAAGAAGAAAGCAAAGUGUUAGAUUAUAAUUUGAUUAUUGCUGACAAAGAAGGUGACCUCCAGCUAACAGAUGGCAGCCAAGAGGUUCUUAUUAGAGAGGCAGCAGACAAUCUUGUCGCCAUGUCGUUGCUUAUCUGCGACGGCCAUCAUUCUCAUAACCUUACUCGCCCGUCGAUUCCAACUUCGUUCAGUAACUUGCAUUGGUUUGCUGAUUUUGCGACAUCGACUGAAGCGAAUACAGGAAUCUCUAGAGGUACAUCUCCACACUAUGUUGAUAAUUGCUUGGAUAUGUUUGAAUACAUGACACUGAAGUUGAAAGAAACCAAGGAAAGUGAGUUGUUCCAUAAGCUGCGAGAAGACCACAACUAUGAUAACACAAGCACUGUUGUGCUGCCGCCGACAAGAUCUCGAAAGGGUCUGGUGAGGAAAAGGCGGCAACGGAGAGAUUUUCAAAAGGAUAUACUGCCGGGCCUCUCAUCAUUGUCUAGGCACGAGAUAUCUGAGGAUAUUCAGAGUUUCGAGGGUAUAAUGAGAGCUUCGGGAAAGCUAGGGAAAACUGGUUUAUCAAGGAGCAGGAGCAAGAAGGCGUCGAGUUGGAGUGCAAGGGGUAGGCGAAAGCAUAUAAGUUUAGCCCUCACUGUUACUGAGGUCGAGACUUGCUCGCCGCAAAAAGAGGAGGAAAGUAGGACAACAGGGAUUACUACAACAACUAUAUUGGGUUGGGGAAGGACGACGAGGAGGUGCCGCCGGGCAAGACUUUUGCCUGGUAAUUUAUCUGUUUCCUUAGCUUGAAGAAUUCAGAAGUAUAUAAAUUAUGAAUCAAACAUAUAUAGCCGGAAACAUAGGUGCGAGUUUUCGGGGCAUUGUAAAUGUUCUCAUAUUUUCAUUAAGGUUUGAUUACAACAUUUUAACAUAUUUAUAACAAAUUUAACAUUUCUCUUUUUGUCAAAUGGAGAAUUGACUUGUAGAGUAUGGAGUGCAUGUAAGUAUUUGAUGUUGUUGAGUAGGGGAGAAACCUAAUAAAGUCGAGCAAUUAUGGUGGAAAGAGGACGAUAUUACACUCGAUGGAG